AUGUCGUCCCCUAAUCCGUGGUCGUCGAAGGAAUACCGCGACGGUAUCUACAUUCCUUCCGCACUUCUGAUUUUUGGUACAGCCAUUGUCAAAUAUGAGUGGAUUCCCUACGCUAUUACCUUGGCUUUCACGCUAGGAAGCUACAAAUUCUGGAAAAACAUGACGCGAGCCACACUGAAGCCGGAAUAUUUUCAAGAAUUUGAACUCGAAAAAAAGACAGUGGUAACUCACAACGUGGCCAUAUACCGCUUCAAACUUCCCUCCUCAAGUUCGAUCCUUGGUCUUCCGAUCGGUCAACAUAUCUCAAUCGGAGCGGAUAUUAAGCAAGCUGAUGGUUCAGUUAAAGAGGUCGUUCGUUCUUACACUCCGAUUUCAGGUGAUCAUCAGCCUGGAUACUUCGAUUUGCUCAUCAAAUCAUACGAUAAAGGAAAUAUUUCAAAAUAUAUGACUACCCUCUCCAUCGGACAGACCAUUAGAGUCCGUGGUCCAAAAGGUGCCUUUGUUUACACACCGAAUAUGGUUCGGAAGUUUGGAAUGAUUGCUGGUGGUACAGGAAUUACCCCUAUGUUACAAAUUAUUCGAGCGGUAAUCAGAGGCCGAAAUACUGGGGACCUAACUGAGAUCCACCUUAUUUUUGCUAAUGUCAAUAAUGAAGACAUCUUGCUAAAAGACGACUUGGAUGACCUGGCUCGCGACGACAAGGGGUUUAAAGUCUACUAUGUUUUAAACAAUCCUCCGGAGAACUGGAAAGGUGGAGUUGGCUUUGUAACACCUCAAAUGAUUUCGGACUUACUUCCCAAGCCUGCAAGCGACAUGAAGCUACUCUUGUGUGGCCCCCCACCGAUGAUCAGCGCCAUGAAAAAAGCAUCUGAAGGACUUGGGUUUUCUAAGGCUCGACCUGUUAGCAAGCUUGAAGAUCAAGUAUUCUCGUUUUAG